AUGGGUCACCCCGACGAGAUCAACGCUCUCGAGUCGCAGCCCGGCUACAUCGACACCAAGGAAGGCGAGCAGGAUGAGCCCGUUCAGCUACACCGGGAGCUCAAGGCUCGUCACAUUUCCAUGAUUGCAAUUGGUGGUGCUAUUGGUACUGGAUUGAUUGUUGGCACUGGCAGCGCCUUGACAGCCGGACCUGGCUCCUUGCUCAUCGCGUACUGCUUCAUGGGUCUCGUUGUUUGGACAGUCAUGUGUGGUCUGGGUGAAAUGGCCGCCUGGCUGCCCUUGUCGUCUGGUUUCACAGGCUAUGCUGGUCGUUUCUGUGAUCCUGCUCUCGGAUUUACCCUUGGGUGGUGCUACUACCUCAAAUAUAUCAUUCUACCGCCCACGCAAUUGACAGCAGCUGCCCUGGUCAUCACCUACUGGCCGAGAACCUCUGCAGAAAAUGUCAACCCCGGUGUAUGGAUUGCCAUCUUCAUGGUGGCAAUCAUUACCAUCAACUAUUUUGGUGUGAAAUUUUUCGGUGAAUUGGAAUUUUGGCUCUCGUCUUUCAAAGUGAUUAUCAUUUUGGGCAUUAUUCUCUGCUCUUUCAUUUUCGCACUUGGUGGUGGUCCCGAUCACGACAGGAGAGGUUUCCGGUACUGGAACGAACCUGGUGCUUUUGCCACGAAAUAUGUUGACGGAAACCUUGGAAAGUUCCUUGCUUUCUGGUCGACCAUGGUACAGGCCACUUUUGCGUUCCUCGGAACUGAGCUUAUUGGUGUCACCGUCGGAGAAGCCCAGAACCCUCGCAAGACCAUCCCGAAAGCUAUCAAGCUUACCUUCUGGCGUAUCAUCGUGUUCUAUAUUCUCAGUGUCCUCUUCGUUGGUAUGCUAGUCCCUUACGACUCAGAGGACCUGGCAUUCGCCACAAAGGCCAAGAACUCCGCCGCCGCCUCGCCUUUCGUCGUCGCGAUGAAGCAAGUUGCCGCUCUUCCUCACAUUAUCAACGCCUGUAUCCUUGUGUUUGUGCUAUCGGCCGCCAACUCUGACCUUUACAUCGCGACCCGAACACUAUACGGUCUCGCUCGUGAGAAGAAGGCCCCCCAAAUUUUCGCUCGCACCAACCAGGCUGGUGUCCCAAUCUUCGCCUUGAUUCUCUCGGCUGCGUUUUGCUUGCUCGCUUUCAUGAGUGUUUCCAAUGGUUCCAAGGAGGUCUUUGGCUACUUCACCGACAUGGUGUCGAUCUUCGGACUAUUGACAUGGAUCUCCCUCUUGAUCACUCAUAUCUUCUUCAUUCGCGCUCGCCGCGCCCAGGGCGUCGACGAAGCAACCCUGGCUUACACGGCACCUCUGGGAAUCAUCGGUUCCUCUAUCGCCCUGUUUUUCUGUGUCCUAGUGGCCUUCACCCGCAGCUUUGGCGUGUUCAUCCACAACCCCGAAAAGUACGGCAACUUUGACUACAAGACCUUCAUCACCUCAUAUCUCGGAAUCCCUCUUUACGUGAUGGCUUUCGCCGGCUGGAAGUUCUUCAAGAAGACCGAGAUUAUCAAACCCCACAAUGCCGAUAUCUGGACCGGAAAGGCCGAGAUCGAUCGCGAAGAGGCCGAAUUUGAGGCCAUUCUGGCCCUUGAGCACCAAAACCUCACUGGCUGGAAGAAGGUUUAUAAGAAAACCCUCGCGUGGCUAUUCUAG